GAACAAGUAGCACACUGAUCUGUACUGGACGUCACCAGAAUUGCUCGCGUCUACCUUCCACGUCUGUCGACUCAGCAACUGAAUGACUCGUAGAUGAGGAGUGUUCAAGAAUUCAUGAAUCAGCGCUUCCACAAACGAGUGACCAGCGAAAUGUAGUGCCGGCUGUUGAAUAAAACGCACAUUACCACUGGCAUGGGGACAUCGACCUUCAAGUACGUCUUCAUUCUUUUUUGGGCCGUUUUCGUUGUCCUCUCAGCCACCACAUCCAACGUAUCUGGCCAACAAGCCUCCACCGAACCAGACCCGGAAUUUCUUGCUGCUCUUGAAAAUCAUACGGUAACACAGGGGAGAGACGUAUCCUUCACCUGUGUUGUCAACCAUUUGGGAACAUAUAAGGUGGCGUGGAUCAAAUCGGACUCGAAAGCUAUACUGGCUAUCCACACGCACCUAGUGGCUCAUAACAGCCGACUGUCAGUGACUCAUAAUGGUCACAACACGUGGAAACUGCAUGUGUCCAAUGUGCAGAAGAAUGACUCGGGGACAUACAUGUGCCAGAUCAACACUGAUCCGAUGCGUAGUCAGAUGGGCAACCUGGAAGUGCUGAUCCCGCCGGACAUAGUGAACGAGGACCUGACAGAUGCGCUGGCCGCACCCGAGGGCGGAUCGGUGAAGCUACGUUGUCGAGCCACGGGCAUCCCCGAGCCAACCGUCGUCUGGCGGCGCGAGGACAGUGCAAGCAUUGUGCUGCGACAGGAAACUGCCAGGGAAAAGCAAGUUGUCAGGUCGUACGACGGUGAAACACUGCUUUUGAGUAACAUCCAGCGCACUGACAUGGGUCCCUACCUGUGCAUCGCCUCCAAUGGAGUUCCCCCCACAGUUAGCAAGCGCUUCAACGUCCAAGUUCAUUUUCAUCCAGUGAUGAAAGUGUCGAAUCAGCUGGUGGCGGCACCUGUCGGCAGCGACGUGGUCAUCCAGUGCUUCGUGGAGACUUCGCCCAAAGCGAUGCACUCCUGGUUCAAAGACUCAGGUGCGUUGCCCUUGCCAACUUCCACUGCACAGCAUUCAACUCUCCUCAUUGGUGAGAAGUUGAUGCCGGGAAGUAAAUAUGAUAUGCAAGAGGUGCCACUGAAUGCAUACUCUCUAAUGCUCAAUCUAACAAUAAGAGACCUCGAAAGGAGAGACUUCGGAGGUUACGUCUGUUCUUCUGUCAACGCCUUGGGCAAAGCUGAAGGAGUUAUUCGUCUCCAAGAGCUCAGUAUCCCAACCAAAGCGACCGUGGUACCGUCUCCCACCUACAACGACUACACCAAGGUCCGCAAAAAGCAACACUCCUCCCACAGCAAGGGGGGCAAACCGGGCCGCCGAGGGGGCCAGACGAGGGGCCACGAGGAGGCCGAAUCAGCUGAUCGUGAUGCCGAAGUGCAGACGACAACUGUGGUGACCUUGAGCCCCCCCACCACCUCCAGUCGACAGCCGCCCCCGGCCUUCACGCUGCACGGUGACAAUAAGGCAACAGCCGCCUCCGCGCCUGCCCACAAUACUCCUGCCCCCGGCCCGAUGGCCUUCCUAGCCUCAAUAAUCAUUGUCACGAUUCUACAUUAAUAAAUUUAUGAAUAUUACUAUCGCUCCAUUGAGGUAAACGUAUGCAGCAAUAGGGGAACGUAUGUAGACAGACGGUGGAGAUGUCCCUCCCCAGGUUUUCUGAUAAUUAAAUGGAAUUGAACAAAUUCUUUACUAUCGCUCCCUUGAGGUAAACG